AUGGGAAGAGAACACAACUGUCUAGGCGGUAGAUGCCAUUCCCGCAGCGGUCUCGGAAGUGACAGCCGUGGCUCCGAACUUCAAGGAGAAAGCUCCUUCAACCGAGGAAACCGAUUCAGAAACGGCGAAGAUAGAGCCAUGCUCUACCCACGACCCGGUGCUACCCGCGAUAUUGUGGACAGUCUAUUGAGUCAAGCAUACAACGGCGGUAUGUACGGGAGAAACAACUAUGCUGGCAUGUCAAGACUAGGCGACAUGGGAGGAAUAGGACAGGGAGAUUUUGGAGGCCUUCGAGGUGGUGGUGGUCUAGGAGGUAUGGGAGGCAUGACAGGACUAGGACACGACGACCUAAUAUACACUCCCCUAGACCGACGAGCAGAAUACCCUCCAGGCCUCCGCUCCCCCAUAGCCAUGGACUCACCAAUGCACCAUCCCCAUACUCUCUACCAACCCGAGCGUUUGGGACUCGGUAAUCUAGGUACACCCCGCGGGUCCCCCUUUGGCAGACAGCCCAUGAUGUCAGGUGCACUUCCGGGACUCGGUCACGCACCACCCAGAUCCCGUCUCCAUUCUUCGAGUGUGAGCUCUGGCUUCGAUCCGUAUCGUAUGGAUCGUCAGCGCAUGCCUUACGGACCUGAGGCGGGGAGACGAGCGACCAUGGGCAUGGGGAUGGGAAAUUAUCGACCGCCGUAUGUGGAGGAUUAUGAGAGUGAGAUGGCGGAGGCAGAGAUGGCUGGGCAGGCUAUGUAUGGGGGUGGAGAGGGGUAUUUUGUUUAUGGGGAUGGACAUGGACAUCCACAUCCAGGCGGCAUGGGAAUGGGGGGCAUGGGUGGGAGGAUGUUGUAG